GACAGGAGGGGCGGUGCACCAGGCAGCAUGGCGGCCGCCAUGGCACUGAGCUGCGGAGCGCGCUACAGGCCCUGUUCCCGGCAGCUGCUGGGACCAAAUGCCCGCGGGCGGCUCGUGCGGCCGGCGGUCUGGGGAGUGAGUGCGGCGCCAGCCUCCAGCCGGCCCGGCCCCGGGGGAGAGGUGCAGUACUGCGCCGAGCUGCUGCGGAAACGUGACUAUGAAGGGUUUUUGUGUUCUCUGUUGUUGCCUGCAGAAUCCCGCACCUCUGCUUUUGCUCUGAGAGCCUUCAACGUUGAACUGGCCCAGAUUAAAGACUCCAUAACACAGAAGACCAUAGGUUUGAUGCGAAUGCAGUUUUGGAGGAAAGCUGUGGAAGAUAUAUACUGUGAUAACCCACCACAUCAGCCAGUUGCUAUAGAACUGUGGAAGGCUAUCAAGAGACAUAACUUGACUAAAAGGUGGCUUCUGAAGAUUAUUGAUGAAAGAGAGAAAAAUUUGGAUGACAGAGCAUAUCAUAACAUCCAGGAACUUGAAACAUAUGCUGACAACACUCAUAGCGCUCUCUUGUAUCUCACCUUGGAAAUGCUGGGUGUGCGGGAUAUCCAUGCAGACCAUGCAGCCAGUCACAUUGGGAAAGCACAAGGCAUUGUCACCUGUUUAAGAGCAACUCCGUAUCAUAGUAAAAGACGAAAGGUCUUUCUUCCUAUGGACAUUUGUAUGUUGCAUGGAGUUUCGCAAGAAGAUUUCAUAAGAGCCAAUCAAGAGAAAAAUGUGAGAGAUGUAAUUUACAACAUUGCCAGCCAGGCGCACGUUCAUCUAGAACAUGCUAGGUCUUUCAGUAAAAAUGUUCCUGUUAAAGCAUUUCCUGCGUUUCUCUAUACAGUUGCUUUAGAGGAUUAUUUAUAUAAAAUACAGAAAGUAGAUUUCAACAUAUUCCAUCCAAGCUUACAUAAGAAGAGUGGACCCCAUCUUGUUUAGCAGACCUUCUUCCUGGAACAGCAUCCCGUGGUCAAGGAAACCGAAGAACUCCUGGUGACAUUAUCCUCGCAGCCAGGCAUUCACCUCCAGGAUGCCUCUCUCUCUGUCUGGGCCCCUACCCUUGACUGAAAGGAUCGAAGAGACCACCACCUAUGCUCCGAAUUCCUUCAUCCUUACUCCCAGAGCCCUGUAGUCACUUCUGAUCUGCUGAGGGUCGUACCUCGCAGUAUCAUUGGUUCCCACAUGGAUGAGUAGCAUGGGGUAGUAGUCAGAGGGCCAGAUGAUCCUCAACAAUCCCUCCCUAACGUCUCAGAUACGGGCUUCUGGCAGGCAGCAUACCUCCUGGGAUGCCAUGUCAGGGCAACAGAUGGGUGCCUCUUUCCCCCUCAGAAGAGAGUCACCAACAACCACUACCGUACGUUUCCUCCUGGGAGUGGUGGCUGUGAUCCUCCCAGCCUUGGGGGUACAUGUCUUCUCCUCCUCCACCUUUGGGGGUGAUUCCUCAUUGCUCGUUGUCAGGACAGCAUAACAGUUCUCUGAGGGAUAGCUCAGUGGUUUGAGCAUUGCUCUGCUAAACCCAAAGUUGUGAGUUUAAUCCUUGAGGGGGCCAUUUAGGGAUCUGGGGCAAAAAUCUGUCUGGGGAUUGGUUCUGCUUUGAGCAGGGGGUUGGACUAGAUGACCUUCUGAGGUCCCUUCCAACCCUGAUAUUCUAUGAUUCUAUAACCCAUUUGACCCUGAAUCACAUCCAGAGGUGCUUAUCAAGAUACCUACUGGACUGCAUGUAACAUCAGAUGUACAAGAGAUCUGAAAAUAGCUGAUAUUGGUGAAGAACAAAUGGAGAGAUUUGUGAAAGAUGUCUUGAUUCUGAUAGGACACGUAGCUUCUUCAGCCCAAUCAAGAAAUCUGGCAUCAAAACAUUUACUGAGAUGGCCAAUAAGACCAUAUUUAAGUUUGGCAAGGGAGGGACAAUCACAGAAGCUAUCAGCCCAGAAAUUGUUUUCUGCAGAGCCCUAUUCUUAGCAAGAUACAGAGAUGAUGUUUCAAUGGCAACUGUUCUUAGUCACUCACUUGGACCAGUGCCUAUGUCCCUCUUCUAUGGUGAUGGAACAACGAGAAGAACAGACAAAGCUGAAUUAGAGCAUCAGCUGGAAGUUCAAGAUGAAAGAAUCUGUGAGCUAAAAGCAUGCAACAAAGAAACCACAUUGUACAUCAGAGAUGUCAUGGCUGUCAUACAAAUGAUGACUGGAGACAAAUUCCUUGCAUUCAGUGAACUGGCUGUUGUGUACUUGAGGCAGUCCUAAAAGAAUUUGAAAAAGCUAAUUCUGUCAUCAAAGUCUUUGACAGAUAUGACAACAAUAACUAUGUGAAAACUGCAGAAAGACAGUACCAGACAGGACCUAAAGUUGGAUGCAAGAAAUACCAGGUGAUUGGUGGACAUCCUGUACCUCCAUGGAAAAAAUUUCUACACAUGGCCUCCAACAAGCAGCCAUUUGAAAAUUUUCUCUGUGAAUAUAUAGGUCAAAAUACAUGAGAGUAUAGGAGCACACCCAGCACAAACAUGCCUUCAUGAUGGAGGCUUUUCCAAUGGUGAAGAAGUAAAGUCCAUUACUAGUAUAGGUGCUGAAGAAGCCCAGGACUUGUACAAUACUCAGGAGGAAGUGGACAUAAGGAUUCUUCUGCAUGCAUCUUAAGCAAAGUAACCUGUCAUGGGCUAAGAGGGAAGGUUCUCUUAUGGAUUGGUAACUGGUUAAAAGAUAGGAAAAACAUCUGGUCUACACUACGGGUUUAGGUCGACUUUAGCAGCGUUAAAUCGAAUUAAGCCUGGACACGU